UUCUCCAUCCUGGGUCUCUGCAAGGGGACAGGCUGUGCCAGCCAGGCGCUCUCCGGCAGGCUGCUGGCAGCAUGGCAGCAAAGCUGCGGGCCCUCCUCCUGGUCCUCGCGCUCACUCCCGGGCAGCUGGUCCCGGCCAGUGGCCGGAAGCUCCUGUUGUUUCUGCUGGAUGGGUUUCGCUCUGACUACAUCAGCGACGAGGCCCUGGAGUCCUUGCCUGGGUUCCGAGAGAUUGUGAGCCGGGGUGUCAAAGUGGAUUACCUGACCCCAGACUUCCCGAGUCUCUCCUACCCCAACUACUACACGCUCAUGACCGGCCGGCACUGUGAGGUCCACCAGAUGACUGGGAACUACAUGUGGGACCCCACCACAAACAAGUCCUUUGACAUUGGUGUCAACAAAGACAGCCUGAUGCCCCUCUGGUGGAAUGGAUCAGAGCCUCUCUGGGUCACUCUGAUGAAAGCCAAGAAGAAGGUGUACAUGUACUACUGGCCAGGCUGUGAGGUUGAGAUUCUUGGUGUCAGACCGACUUACUGCCUAGAAUAUAAAACUGUCCCCACGGAUAUUAACUUCGCCAAUGCUGUUAAUGAUGCUCUAGACUCAUUCAAGAGUGGCCGGGCUGACCUGGCGGCCAUCUACCAUGAGCGCAUCGAUGUGGAAGGCCACCACUACGGCCCUUCAUCACGGCAGAGGAAGGACGCCAUGGUGGCCGUGGACAGCGUCCUGCAACACAUGACCAAGUGGAUCCAGGAACGGGACCUGCAGGACGACCUUGACGUCAUUAUCUUCUCAGACCAUGGGAUGACGGACAUUUUCUGGAUGGACCAAGUGAUCGAGUUGAACAAAUACGUCAACUUCAAUGACGUGCAGCAAGUGAAGGACCGAGGCCCUGUCGUCAGCCUGUGGCCAGCUCCUGGGAAGCAUGCAGAGAUAUACAACCAGCUGCGAGCCGUGGGGCAUAUGACCGUCUAUGAGAAAGACGCCAUACCUGGCAGGUUCUACUACAAGAAAGGGAAGUUUGUCUCUCCGUUGACCUUAGUGGCCGAUGAAGGAUGGUUCAUCACAGAGAGUCGAGACUCACUGCCAUUUUGGAUGAACAGCACCGGCAAGCGGGAAGGCUGGCAGCAUGGAUGGCACGGGUAUGACAACGAGCUCAUGGACAUGAGGGGCAUCUUCCUGGCCUUUGGACCAGAUUUCAAGUUCAACUUCCGAGCUGCUCCCAUCAGAUCAGUGGAUGUCUACAAUGUCAUGUGCAGUGUGAUGGGUGUCACGCCUUUGCCCAACAAUGGCUCCUGGUCCAGGGUGGCAUGCAUGCUCAAGGAUAGGGCUGGCUCCAUCGUGCCCUACUCACUGGGUGGCUGGGCCCUGGCCUGGACUGUCCUCUGGCUGUUCGCAUAGCUGGCCCCCCGUGAUGGCCCUUAAGCAUGAGGCAGAAGAAGGCUUUACAUUUUUCUAUUUGAAAUUUUGAAUAGCUUCAUUAACACAAUCAAGGCCACGAAAAUCGUCAAACUGUUAUUCUUGUAUGAUCCUGUAUAUAAAAUUUCCAACUUUUUUUUAAAAAGGAAAAUAAUACAAAACUUGAUUUUUAUCUCUAGAGGUAAGGGGGGGAAAUCUAGCUCUUUGGGGAAAAAAAUUCUUCCUAGAGAGCCCUUGUGUUCUCUGACCACACCAGCAGCUGUCCUUGUCUUUAGGUCAGUGGCUACAGUGUUCCAGUACUUCUUCCAUCCACAGGAAGGCAGUAGUUGCCAUCAGCUGUCUCCCAGGAUGGAUUGUUCUCAUCUUACACAAGGUCCCAGGAAGGGUGUAUCUUAACUUUGCCCACCAAUCAAAGUCACUAGGGACUGGAGAAUGCCCCAAACAAGGGGAAAGGCUGGGGCUCCCUUCCUGAGCCUUGAGUGACCAAAAUCUUUUUCUGGCUCUGGGUGUGGGAAAGCUUGCAGUAGAAGCAGCAGAACAGAACAGAACAGCUCAUGCAGAAUAGCCCAGGAAGCAGGACUUGUGGCAGCCUGACAUCUUGGUGAAUUCCCUUGAAGGAUUCCCUUCCUGCCUGCCCAUCACUCCUGGGAAGGCCUUCAGGAAUCCCUAUCUACAGUGGAGAUUAGAAGCAUUCCUGACAGAUCCUUGUGGUCUGAACAAGGGCUGUGUUGAGGUUUAGAGUGUGGACAUAUUCGCUGAACUCUUGGUUCCAUGCUUGAAACGAUGAUGCAUUGAGUCUAAGUUUGGUAUACUUGUAGUAUUCAAGUGAGGCUUGUUUAUCCACAGCAGUGAAGUGAAUACUUGAAGGACCCAGACUUUCAAAGAAAAAGGUAAAAGGGAGAGGAAAAUGGGGAGGACAUGACAAAGACCAACUCCUAGUCACUAGCCAAUUAGCCAUUCAACUGGGCAAAACUGUGAUGGUAAAGUAUCUAGGAGACCCAAGAAAUUCAGAACCGGCCCCUCUCCCCACCCUCUCUCCCCACCCCCCAGAAGAGCAGCUGAUUGAACUGAGGUGUGUUUAGUUUAGCCAGCGAUAUUUGAUGUUGGAGAUCCUACUGCAAAACAAGGAAUUACUAUAUUUUUAAAUGAUCAGUCAGCCUAUCUGUAUGUAGCUCCCUAUAUGGCAAAUAUAUUCCUCAUUUAUACAGCAAUAGAUAGAGAUGAGUGAGGCAGCAUCUAUACACACAGGAUUUUUUUUUUUAAAAAAAAGGAAGGCAUCCUUAUGUUUGGAAGAGCAGCACUUCCGGAAUGGUGAAGCAUUGCGUGGUAUUGAUAGAUUAGCACCCUCAUAAAGAAGACAGCAUGCCAUCUCAAUCCUUGCAACCCAAAGAACAAAGGAUCUUGCUUAAAAAUAUCAAACUUAUCUUCACAAACAAUGUCUAAGGACUUAGUUUAUGUCUUAAAAGCACCAGCACACUUCAAAUCAACUGGAAAGAAGGUAAAUCAAUCUUUGGGAUCCAGCUGAAAGCCAAUAUGUGUAUUUAGCACCUUGGCCGUGGUGUAGACACUGCUGCAGUAGGUCCCUACUUGUCUCCUUUAAGGACCCCUCUCUGUUUAAUUCAGUAGUACUCAUCUUCCUCCCUUGUGAGAGAGAGGUCCCUUAAAGAUAUCCUAGUGAUGAUAAGUUUCUCAACAAAACCUUUUUGGGGGGAUAUAAAUAUGGAGUCUUGCAUUUAUUCUGCUCUUCUACAUGUUCCCCCCUCAUUCAACCUUAAAAUCUUCAAGUAGGGCCCAAGAGAUAGUACAGCAAAUAUGGUGCUGGUCUUGUGUGUGGUUUACUUGGAUUCAAUCCAUGGCACCCCAGAUAGUCCCCCCCCCCCCCCGCCAAGCCUCACUAGGAAUGAUCCCUGAGCACAGAUCAAGGUGUAAGUCCCAAGCGCUGCCUAAUGUGGCUCAAAGACAAAAAAUAUUUUAAAAUAAAAAAUGAAAUCUUACAAGAACAUAAUAUUUCUCAUAUGUGUCUUAAAAAUGAAUCACUCAACAAUCUGAAAUAGGUGAAUAAAAAUAAGGUGCUUAUAGAAUCGCUUAUAAAAUUGAUGAGAUAAAGAUUCAAGCAUUGGACCUUGUGUGCUUUUCAUCAAAUAGAAUUACAUAAUAAUGAAGCCAUACACAGUGGCCUUUGCAUCUAAAAGUAUUUUCAUCGAUCUCUACUUAAAAUUUCAUUAUGUUCCUCAGGAAGAUUCUACUUUCACUAAAUGUGUUUAGUGAAACACAUUUGGUUGGUUCCACAGGAGUAAGAUCUGCCAGGAAUAUCUAUAGACACCUUUUCUGCUAGAGGAUUUUACUACUCUGUGCUUAUUCCAAGAGGAAGGUCUUGGGUUUGCCUGCCAAUACUAAAGAUAAACAAAAGGAAUGCUCCUUAAAUUAGAGAUGAGAUGAACAGCCUCUUUUUCAGCCCACAAACCUAAUCUCCAGGACUCAAUUCAAUUAAGUCUGGAAGACCUUAGCAUAAAUAAAGAGGCCCAAGGAUUUCUUUUUCAUUUUUUUUUCUUUUUUAGUUUUUUGGGCCACACACAGUGAUGCUCAAGGGUUACUCCUGGCUCUAUGUUCAGGAAUCAUUCCUGGGGAGCUCGGGGGACCACAUGGGAUGCCAGAGAUUGGCUGCAUGCAAGGCAAAUGCCCGACCUGCUGUACUAUCACUCUGGCCCCAAGGAUUGCUUUUCUAGAUGAAUAGAAUCCCUAAAUUAUAAAGUUCCAAUUCUUUCCUUUUAAAGGGAUUUGGAGUUCUACAUCUGAUUUGAGUUUGGGAACACUGGUGAUUUGCAACUUUUGGGGUUGUAAGUAGUAUGAUGGUACCACAUUUAGAAAUUCAGUGCUGCAAAUUUGGGGUCAGGGGGAGUCUCAGCUCACAUGAAUUUUGUUUUGUUUUGUUUUGACAAGGCACAUGAAUGGUGCUCAGGGCAUAUCCCUGACUCUGCGUCCUGGAUUGUUCCCAGCAGUACUUGAGGGACCAUGUGAUACUGGGAAUUGGAGCCAGGUCUUCCACAUACAAAGGCAGCAUUGGACACAAGUCUCCCACAUGCAAAGGCAGCAAACAGAUGACACUCAUAAGCCAUAUAUUUACCUAAGGUUUGGUUUUGUCCUUAGAAGAGAUGAGUUCUGAUUGGGCUCUGGUGAAUUUGGGGCUCCUGUCAGCAAUUUCAUGAUUAGUCACUUCAGGGGCCCCCAGGCUGGCAGUGGUCUGGCAGACUGAUUCCAGCCAAGCCAAGGUUCCAGCCAUUCUUAAGCCAAAGCAGAUGUAUAAGCCCCAGGGAUGGAGCAGGGAAUCAAAGAGGGCAAGCGUACUUCUCACACCCCACUUCUUGUAGGUCUAAGAAUCCCAACAGUGCUAUCAGACCGACUCAUCACUCAACACACACUAUUGUAUGAAUUUUCAAUGACAGUGCUAUGUGUUUCUGUAAAUCUCAAGAGAUUUCCAAAUGUUACUGUGUUUAAUCUUGUUAAGCAAUUUGUGAUAGACCAAAGUCAGCUCUUGAAAACUGUGUGCCAGAGAGAAAGGAGGUGAUAGCCUCGGUAGACUGACUAGAAAAUAUUUAAAACUUGGUCUCAGGUAUAUGCUACAAAAUAUAUACGUAUAUGUUCCUUUGAAUGCACAGACUCGCACUCCCUACGGCACCUCAACUAUUUUGUAAAUGACCACAAGUAUGUGUUGAAUGAGAAAAGAAAAAGAAUAAAUUUCAUUGGAGAGACUUAAUUAUGUUGAUCUAAUCUUUGUCAUUUUCUUUAAUUCCUCAAAUUCAAUAAACUUUUCACAUCAA